AUGUUAAAAAAAGCGGUGGUCAACGUGAAAUCAAACGAUAAUGCGUGCUUUGCGUGGGCAGUCGUCGCCGCUUUACAUCCAGCGGAAAAACACCCGGAAAGAACAAUCGAAUAUCCACACUACUCGACGGUGCUGAAUCUGUGUGGUAUAGAGUUCCCCAUGACGCUUCCACAAAUAUCAAAAUUCGAGAAACUGAACACCAUCUCCGUCAACGUUUUCACUAUAGAAGACUCCAAAAUCAUCCCUCUGCGUCUCACUGAUGAUAAAAAAGAGAAGCAUGUCAACCUUCUCUAUGUGCACGGAAACAACGAGGCACAUUUUGUGUACAUCAAGGAUCUGUCUCGACUAGUGAGCUCGCAAUUGAGCAAGCGAAAUGGCAAAAAGUACAUUUGUGAUCGGUGUCUACAUUACUUUUAUACACGGGAGAAAUUAUCGGCGCACAGCGUCGAUUGUGGCAAGAUGAACGACUGCGCCGUCGUUCUUCCCAGCGAGGACGACAAGUGGCUGACGUUCAGCAACUACAACCGGAAGGAGCGGCUCCCGUUUGUAAUGUACGCCGAUCUCGAAUGUACGCUCGAGAAAAAGGAGGAUCAGGACGGUACUACUUACGCCUACCAGCAUCACAAGGCAUUUAGUGUAGGAUAUUAUGUAAGUUGUACGUACGAUAAUUCUUUAUCUAGUUUUAAGUCUUAUCGCGGUGAGGAUUGCGUAGCAUGGUUCGUCAAUGAACUCCACGAUUUGGCGCGCCGUGUGAAAACGAUCCUCACCACCGUCGUCCCCAUGGCGGAUCUUACGCGGGAGGAAUCGGAAAAAUUCCGUAGCACCGCGACGUGCCACGUGUGCGAGAAACCGUUUACACCGGACGAUACGCGGGUGCGCGAUCAUUGUCAUCUUACCGGGCGUUACCGCGGUGCCGCGCACUCAUUGUGCAAUUUAAAUUACAAAGACUCCCACGUUAUCCCGGUGAUAUUUCACAAUUUAUCCGGUUACGACGCGCAUUUCAUUAUUAAAGACAUUGCCAAUGCUUUCGAAGGCAACAUUGAUUUACUGCCGCUGACGAAAGAACGUUACAUAUCAUUCACAAAAAUCGUUAAAGAAACCGAGGAUGAAAAUUUCAAAAUUUGCGUCAAAUUACGAUUCAUCGAUUCGUUCAGAUUUCUAAGUACAAGUCUUGACAAAUUGGCAUCUUAUUUAACUGUAGAUGAAUUAAAAAUUUCACGAUCGGAAUUCAAACAUUUAUCCGCGGAAAAUUUCAAUCUGCUUACUUGGAAAGGCGUGUUUCCCUACGAGUACAUCGACAGCGUCGACAAGCUCCGGAACACAAGCCUACCAUCGCGCGAAUCGUUUUACAGUUCGCUCACUGGAGAAACAGUAUCCGAGAGCGAUUACGCGCACGCGACAAACGUCUGGCAAACCUUUUCAAUCGAAACUCUUGGACAAAAGUAA